AUGAAGACUCUACUAAAGGAUUACAAGUCAGUUGUAAAACAAAUAAGACGAUUACCAUUACCAUCACCAAUUAUUCAAGAUACUCGAAAAUUUGUCAAAAAGAGAUAUCGCAAGGCAUUACGAUCAUCAUCUUCAACAGCAAAUGUUCAUACUUUAAAAAUAUUACUUGAUGAUAUCUUAAUAGAAGAAUCAUAUACUAUUAAAAUACCCGAAUUAUUGGAUACUAUAUAUAAAGGUAGAGAUAAUUCAUGGAUUUAUCAAUUUCACAAGAUUCCAUAUAUAAAAUUUAAACCAUUCUGGCCCCAAAUUGAAAUGAUUAAUGAAAUUGGAAAAUCUGGAGAUGCAGAUGCAGAUGUUAAACAAUAUAAUAAUCAAUUAAAAAGUUAUAUAAAUGCAGAUUUCCUGGUUACUGAGUUCUUAGGAUAUGAAGGGUUGGACCUGAAGGUAAAACCUCUUGAAUUAUAUAAGCAUUAUGGUAUUCGAGAAAACCCCGUUGAAAAUAUAUUUAAGCGAGUUGAUCAAUUAUAUAAGUUCAUUUUAAAUCAUAAAGAUAGACUUGAAGUUAAACCACCAAUCUUCGAAAUACUUUAUCCACCAACUAAUUAUGGAUUACCUAUUGGAUCACACUUUCGAGAUAGGCUUGUCAAAACUAGAAUUAGCCAAGUGAGGCAAAUUCUUACCAGUUGUAAACCAAUGCUAAAGAAGGAUAUUAUCGAUAUAGCUCAAAUGGUUAAUAAUCAAAUUCCUAUAAAUCCAAAUUAUUAUAAAUAUAUUCAUCGUAAACAAUUACAAGAUCAAAUCAAUUUAGAUCCAAUAAUUACACAAGAUUUAAGAAAACCAAUUCUAAAUAUUGAUAAUGAUGAUAAUUUUUAUUUGAUACUUCGUGAAUGGCUAACCAAACAAUUUUAUCUUAAUCGUAAAGAUAAUAAAUAUGAAUUCUAUAUUGAGAAUUAUUAUGAUUUUGCAAAUUUAAAAACUGAAUAA